CCUGUUCCUGUUCCUGUUCCUGUUCCUGUUCCUGUUCCUGUCCCUGUUCCUGCUCCUGUUCCUAUUCCUGUUCCUGUUCCUGCUCCUGUUUCUGUUUCUAUUUCUAUUCUUGUCCCUGUCGCUCGUGUCUUCCAAUGCACCUGCAAAUAUGCGCCACACACUUCAUUUUCAUAUGUACUAGACAGCAGCCUGUGCUCCGCUUCCUUUUUUUCUUUUUUUGCCGCCAAAUAUUCAAUCGACGACUUUCCCAAACCAUUCAGCACGCGACAACGGAAAUAACCUUUUUCCCCUAAAUAAUCCCUUGCACAGAAUAAAAAAUGUCGGUGACCUGCACCAAUUGCGGGGCCGCCGUGCAACUGACGGCCUCAAGUCUCAACCACCAGCAACAGCACAAUGACCCUCUCAUCCCCUUCGUCAAGGCCCAGAUCGACGACCUUACGGCCCAAAACUCAAGUCUCGUCGCCGAGAACGACUCGUUGGCCAACAAACUCGUCGAGUCCACAGAGGGACGUAUGGACCUUGACCAGCAGCUCAAUAUUGCUCAGAUGGAACUUCAAGCUGUCCAGUCCGAGCUCAAGACACUCAGGGAGAAUCAAAAACAUUAUGACCAGCUGUUAAGCAUGAUCCAAUCCGGCCAGUUGAUUGAAAAGAAGGACGUGCAGCCCGUGAUUGAGAACCUGGCUUACGAAUCCCAACGCAGGUCCCAGAUCGAGACUUCCAAAAUGAAGCUGGAGUCUGAACUCGAAGAUCUCAGUCGGAGUUUGUUCGAGGAGGCAAAUCGCAUGGUCAAUGAGGAGCGGCAGGCAACGUACUUGGCAGGAAAGAAGGUUGAAGGACUGGAGCGACAGCUGGACGAGGUCUUAGACCUGUGCAAAUCUGAGCGGGAUCAGCUCGUGGAGCUGAAGCUGAGGAUGGGCAAGUUGUCGGACGAGAAUGACAUGAUCCAGCGGGAGCGAGACGCGAUCGAGUUUGCGUUUAUUCAGCUUCAACAACAAAUGCAGCAGCAGCAACAAUAUCACCACAGCCCUAUGGUGAUGCAUCAUCACAUGUCGGCGACAGCGGCAGCACGCCGUGGAAUGCCCGUCAACAUCGCUAGUUCCCCCACAAUCACAGGCGCUUCUCUUAGUCUGAAUGUAGAAGCUGCAGCAGGAUCGAGGAAACAUGUUCAACAGAUUCUCCAGUACGACGCACGGCAACAUCGUAGCUCCGCAUCGAGCGUACGGUCAAAGACGGACUCUUGCUAUUUUUCGGAUGAAGACCACCCGGGAUCACAUCUGCUUAAUGACCCGAUCGAGGACAGGAUCCCGAUCCUAGGAUUCCAUCUUUGGGAUCCAUCUUUCAUUGAAUUCAAGACAUAUGUCGAGGGCAUUUUCGAUGCGGGUGCGAGUACGGGCACGUCUACCAAGUCAGGCACAGCAUCAGAUAUGGGAUCUAAAACAAACCAGCAAUCUACCGCACCCUCCACCACCUCUUCCGCUCUCACCUCAAUGUACUCGUUCAAUAUCAUGGCCAAGACCCCGGCCGCGCCAACAGCCAAUGUCAUGAUUCCUAUCAGUAGUCUGCUGUCGAACUGCCGUCUCUUGAAAAAGAUAUCGUCCGAGGAUGUUGAAGCGACUCUGAGGUUCGAGCCAGGAAACCUUUUGUCAUGGACUCAGAGGAAGCGAUUGAUGGCUGCAGUGACCGAGAACACUCUUGUUGUGGAGGCCGUGCCCAUGAGUUCAGGUUUAGGCUUCAAGGACCAGACCCAUUCGCCUGUCGCAGCCACUCAUCCCCAGAACCAGCAACGUGGAUCCUCCAUCGCUCAGCCGUCAGUUACCACCAGCAAACCCACCUGCGCCCUUUGCGGGAUCAGCAUCACGACGCCACUCUAUUACCAGUAUCGCCUCACGGACAGCUCAACGGAAUCGAAGACGAUUUGCCCAUACUGCCGGACCCGAUUGACAUCCGUCUGUACAUUCUACAGUGUCCUGCGCAUGAUUUCGAAGCGCAUCAUUUCUAGCACAACGACACCCGAGAAGUUGUAUCUGGAUUUCUUAAGGAUCCGGCUGAGCAUGUUUUUGGCCCGCUGCGGUGUGGGUAUCGUCACGGGCGAGGAGGCCAAGCAGAAGCGAGAAAGUAUGCGUAGUCAACUCAUCGGUGUCCCUACUACCAGCAUCACUCUGUCUCCUCGCGUUCCGGCAGUCCAACAUGCCACAACCUCAACUACCGCGACGAAAAGCGCACAAAAUAAUUCACAGCGGGAACCAGCUCCUGCGAAUAUUAUCACGACAAACAUUACGCCUACCCAAGCAACGCUUAUGAACAAGAGUCUCUCAACCAGUGCCGGUCCAAGGGAGACUGCGACUAUCAAGGAACAGGAUGAAGAGAGUGCUGCCAGUACUUAUCAUCACGACAGUAAAAUCAGCAGCCCUGUCGAGGUCAUAGUCGGACCCAAGAGCCCCUGAGACCGACUCUGUUUUUAAUGAUCCACUACACACCAAGCGGUGCUAAAUGACCCACAGCCGCAUAGCCCUCCGCUUCCCUUUUAGUUGUAACAUUCCAUUUCUUGUAGAUUAUAAUUUUUUCAUGAUAACGACGAUGGAUGCAAAAUAAAUACAGGAUCGAUACCCAUCUCGAGACCAGA